AGUGGUCUGCUCUACCCUGGACUACAGGUUAUAACAUGGUUAUAACACCCUCUACUCCGUGGUCUGCUCUACCCUGGACUACAGGCUCUGGAUGAGGAGUAUCUGAAAGUAGAUGCCCAGUUUGGAGGAGUCGAUCAGAGGAAGAUCUUCACYCUGGCUGAGAAGUACCUGCCCUCUCUGGGCUAUGCUAAGCGGUCCCAUCUGAUGAACCCCAUGGUACCAGGAUUGACUGGAGCGAAGAUGAGUUCUUCAGAGGAGGAGUCUAAGAUUGACCUCCUGGACAGGAAGGAGGAUGUAAAGAAGAAGUUGAAGAAGGCUUUCUGUGAGCCGGGCAACAUCGAGAACAACGGAGUCCUCUCAUUUGUUAAACAUGUCCUCUUCCCACUCGUAGGAGAGUUCUCCAUCAAAAGAGACCCCAAGUUCGGAGGAGACAAAACCUACACAGACUUUGAGGAAGUGGAGAAAGAGUUUGGCGAAGAGCUGAUCCAUCCUGGUGACCUGAAGGCGGGCGUGGAGGUGGCCCUUAACAAGCUGCUCGACCCAAUCAGGAAGAAGUUUGAAUCUCCAGAGCUCCGUAAACUCUCCAACACGGCCUAUCCAGACCCGUCAAAGAACAAGGCAGCAGGGAAGGGGAACCUAAGAGUGGCAGAGAGGAUGAAAACUUGGUUCCCUCCAGACUGGGACAUCAGGGUGGGCAAGGUCAUCAGCGUGGGAGAACAUCCGGAGGGCUGAAUUCGCCUGGACCUGGAGAAGAUAGGACGUCGCAGAGGCCGGAGCAAGGACCGGUGGUGAGCGGGCCUGGUGGCCUACGUUUCCCAGGGCCUGCAGGACCGGCUGGUGUGUUGCUUAUGCAACCUGAAGCCCCCAGAAGACUGAGGGCGGGUGGAGUCCCAAAGCUCAUGCUGCUCUGCUGCCUCCAUUGAGGGGAGACCAGGAGAGUUGGAGCCUCUUGACCCCCCUGGUGAGGGCGUCCGUCACCCGGGGAAACGGGUGUUCGUUGAGGGGUACGAGACGGGCAAGCCAGACGAACAAACUAAACCCAAAGAAAAAGCUGUGGAGAAACUACAGAGUAUGUUCUGUGGGAACCUGAAGGUGUCAGGGAUACUGGAGGGUUCUCUGUCUCUCUCUCCAGGGGACCUGAAAGCAUUUCUGUCUCUCUCUCUCCAGGUGGACCUGAAGGUAUCAGGACAGUGUGUCGCCCAGUGGCAGGACAAACACCUGAUGACGAAACUGGGACACAUCACCUGUAAAACACUGAAGGGAGGCAACAUCAGCUAAGAGAGACACACUCUCAAUCUCUUGAUGCUCUGUCUACUUGUCCAUCUUACCUUCCCCAGAGAACUAAACACACAUCACCACGGCAACAUCUCUCUGUCUACUUGUCAUCUUACCUUCCUCAGAGAACUCCGCACACAUCACCACGGCAACAUCGCGCUCUCUUCUUGACCAGAGAAAUAAUCAUUCAUAUUAAUAAUACCGUGAUCGAUCUAACACAGCGAUCUGGGUUUAAAUAAACUAUCGAUUAUCAGUGCUGUAUUUUUCCCUCCUGAUGUUUAAGUAAUGGUACGGCUCUGUAAUUCUUGAGAAGUAACGGCAAUAACACCGCCGGUUGCCCUGUUUUUUGUUUUUAAACACAUUGUUUCAUGUGGUCUGGGGAAAUCCUUUGAGGAAAAUAUGGAACGACGUUUUGUCGUGACCAAUUAACCUAGAGACACGUUAGCUUAGCUGGUCAUCAACAGUCUCUACUGUCUACCAUGUGUUCAAUCAUCCACGCCAGUCACCUAGGGACGUAUACAUUAAAACAUUAAUCUAUUUGUGUUGCUAUGAGAAUGAUAACGGUUAUAUCGGCAGGUACCUGUGGAAACGCUGCCAUUUACUCUCAUGUCAUCAUCUGGAAAUGAAAUAAACCGGUUAAAUUCAG